AUUUGUGCACCGAGCUGCCCGCGACGAGAGGAGGUAGUCCUUCUGAGUUCCGACACAGAAAGCAGCUGCCGCCGGGCACAACGACGGCGGCGUCGUGACCGCCGAGCAAGAAUUGCAGCCAUCUCUCCGAUUUGGAUGAUACUCCUGCAUUUCUUGCGUAUCUUUGAACCAUCUUCUUCCGCCGUUGAUGGCUCUUCUGGUCGAGUCGUAUCCCAUAGAUGGAUACGAGCACCACCGCGCCAUGCCGCUCUAACUCCAACUCCAACUCCAGCCACAAGCCCGCACCUCCAGCUCCCACCGUCGCCGCCCUCUCGGCGCUCCUCGCCCGCUGCACCACCCUUGCCGCCGCCGCAGCGCUGCACGCCCGCCUCCUCAGGUCCUCGCGCCUCUUCGGGCCCCCGAUCAUCGCCAACUGCCUCGCCGCCGCCUACUCCCGCCUCGGCGCCGCCCCGUCCGCCGUCGCCCUGCUCCUCCACGCGCCCGCCAACCGCUUCUCGCGCAACAUCCUCCUCGCCGCGCUGCUCAAGUCCCGCGACCUGCCAGCCGCGCGCGCCCUGUUCGACAGAAUGCCCGAGAGGGACGCCGUCGCCUACAACUCCAUGAUCCGUGGCUACGUCGACAGCGGCCGCGCCGACGAGGCGUUCAGGCUCGUGCGCGCGAUGAGGGAGCUCGGAGUCAGGCCCAGCGACUUCACGUUCUCCAUUCUUGCGUCCGCGGUCUGCUCCGCUCGCCACGGGAUGCAGGUUCAAGCAGCCGCUAUCCGCCAUGGCUCCGCUCAUCGCAGCGCUGUGGUCGGAAACACGCUCAUCGACAUGUACCGGCGCGUCGGCCUCUUGAAAUACGCGCUGCGCGUGUUUCGGAGCAUGAAUCAGCGGGACAUUGUUUCUGUGAACUCUGUCAUGUCAGUGUACAAGGAUGAUGGCCAGAGCAGCCAACUGUUUGAGUGCUUCCAGUCCAUCAGGAGCCAUGGGUUAUCGAUUGACGAGUUCAGUGUAUCGACGGCGCUCAGCAUGUGCACUGAUGUUGAGGAUUUGGCUAAGGGCGACCAGAUCUUGGCCCUUUGUAUCAAAACGGGGCUCCUAUCUCAUUUGAUUGUUUCUAGUGCUGUUAUUGACCUGCUAUGCGUGUGCGACAGACUGGCUGACGCUGUUCGGUUUUUUGAAGGAAUGGCGGCAUGGGACUCAGAAACUUGUAAUGCAAUGAUUUCAGGCUAUGCCAGGGGCGGGACCAUGGAACCAGCUCUGAGCCUCUUUUUGUUGUCACUGCGAAAGGGUAUUUGUCCAACUGAGUUCACUUUUGCUAGCCUGCUGAGGUGCAGUUCUUGUUUUGGGUUGAUGGAGCAGGGAACUCAAAUCCAUGCUCUGGUUUCGAAACUUGGGUUCGAGGAUGAUGUAAUUGUUGCCACUGCCCUCAUUGACAUGUACUGUAAAUUAGGUUCCUUGAAUCAUGCCAGGAUACUCUUCAGCCGGGUUUCUGUCAAGGAUCUGGUAUUGUGGAAUACAAUGAUUAUCGGUCUAUCGCAUAAUGGGAGAGGUAAAGAAGCUCUUCAAAUGUUUUGGCAGAUGCUGAAGAGUGACAUCCGGCCAGAUAGAAUUACUCUUUUUGGAGUUUUAUCUGCUUGUAGCCUGGUCGGUCUGGUUGACGAAGGAAUGAGAUUAAUUUCCCUGUUUAAAUCCAAUUAUCAUGUCGUUCUUGGCUUGGAGCACAACGCAUGCGUGGUUGACAUGUUAAGCCGUGCAGGAUUGUUUAGUGAGGCAGUAGAUUUUGCAGAGAACAAGCUGCAUAACUGUAAUGUCGCUGCCUUUUCCAAUAUUCUUGAGGCGUGCGUGAUUCAAGGGGAUUUUGACAUGGCAGAGUUAGUUGCCGAGAAGAUGGUGAAACUGAAACCUCGGUCCUCACUGCCAUAUAUUGUUCUGGCCCAAACAUAUGGUGCCAGAUGUAAGUGGGAUAGCAUGGCCAGAAUGUGGAGGGCAAUGGAAGAUCAAGGAGCAAAGAAGGUUCAGGGGUAUAGCUGGCUCUGUAUCAAGAAUGAAAUACAUGUUUUUACAUCUUCACAAAUAUUGCCUCAUGGAAGAGAAGUUACAGAUGCAGUGUUAGAUCUGUUGUUUUGGGACAUGAUGGAUCACAAAUAUGCUCAUGGAGAGUGAGGGUUUUGCUUUCGGUCAGAUGUUCUUAGAUUAUAGGGAUAUUCCAUCGGCACUUUAACAGGUUACCUUGUCUUGACCAUGUGGAAACUACAAACAAGUUGCAGAGUAUAUUCACACAGUUCGAAAUCACUAUGAGAACUAAGCGGAAGUCAUUGCCCGGAAGAAGCCUCCUACUUGUAUUCUAUUCUUCCUCUACCAGAGGGAUUCAGAAAUCAGAUAAUCUACUAUCAUUAUGGUGGCCAAAGGGCAGUGAUCAGGUUUGAGUACAUGGGUUACACAUCUUGGCAUAUCAAUCUUUGUUUACAAUUUCGCAUAAUAAGCAUACAAAGCUACAGACAUGUGCAUAUCAAUGUUGCGUUUAUAAAUUCGCAUAGUAAGGAUAGAAGCUCUGUGUCUCAUGUUUUGGCUAUCAUAUUUAAUUUCUCUACAAAUAUGAGAGCUCCAGAUACUGAUUUUGCAUCUCCAGUGUCUAUAACUUAGCAAACAACAUAAUCUAAAAGAACAACCACAAGUUCUAAAAAAAUGGGACCAAAAGUCAUAGGUAAGAGUAGCCGAGAGACGGCAACAGUUACCAAAUUCAAGCAAUGAUAAAGAUGAUUAGCCAAUGUUUCUACAUGCACAUUGAUGUCAGUUUCACAAUUGUAGCCUCUUAUAUUACACCAUAUGUUGUGUCACUUAGUUAUUUGCUCAGCGUGGUCUGCAUAUUUUCAAGUUAGUGCACCAAACAUAUGCAGUAUCAGUAUGCUUCGUAGAAAUAUCCAGCCAACAAAAAUGCAUAAGGCAUCAGCUUGGUGGUAGCCUGCAUAGUUUUGCCUAUGGAGUUCCUUUUACUUCUUUCACCAACCCUCAACCUGUAUUUUCAUAUAUUGUCAUUUUAUUGUUCACCCAUGAGGAUAGAUAUCUCUUGUACUUCUUCCCACAUGUUGAUUCUGACUUCGAUUCGUAUGAACAAAAGCAACAUGUGCUUCAUUGAUCGUAGUGGAUCAGCAGGAUGAACAAGUACAUUCACUGCCUUCAAGGGAUGUGAACAACAAGAAACACAAGAACAACGUAAUGAAGACAAUUAAUAGCUACUAGAUCAUCGUUGCCAUUUUAUUCAGUAUUUAUAAUUUUCCCUGCCACAACUUUAGCUACAUUCCUUGUCCAACUGUUAGUUGUGUGCUAAGCAAAAGCAUUAUUAAUGAACUGAUUUACUGAGUGAUCACAUAUGACUUAGACUUCUGUGACUGAGUUUACCUAUUGGUUCAUUCUGAUGCAGUACCAUCCAGAGUGAACUAGCUGUUCUACUAUAUAUACAUUGUUUACUUAUGAAAGCAAUAUGCAUACCGAGCAGUUGUUCCUAGCAUGAGCAAUGUCGACGGGGGAUAGUGGAGUUGUUGCCUGAAGGAGAGUCUAAAAGCAUAAUGGUUGUGGGGCAGAUUCUAUACAAUCAAAUCUUAAAAGCUCAACGACAUGUAUUUGGCUUUUAAAAAUAACAUAGAUUAUCCAACUGAUCAUUUUUAGAUAUCAAUGGACCAGAAACCUUUACAUGGUGCACCUUUUCGUCUGUAUUCCUAUUCAUAUUUUUUCUUUGAUUGGAUUAGUCUUUCACAGUUCUUAUGUAAGUAUAGCUCACCAUUUUUCUAACUUCUUCCAUGCUGUGAUACAGGGGAUGUGGACGCCUAUUGAAGCAAAGGACCAGAAUGGAGAAUAUCAAUUUUGGUUUUCUCACUAUCGAAGAGAACUCAGGUGUGGAGGUGCGGCCUGGAGUGAAAAGGAGGGAAACAGGAUGCUGACAGAAUACUAAGAGCAGCUGGAGUACUCUGGCGUAUUCAAGCUCCUUUUCCAGAUAUGUUUGUGAUUGAUUGCAGUUCAGUUAUUUGAUCUGAGAUCUGAUUUAUCAGGCUAGUGGCAGUGGCCAGUGGGCACAUUGUUGGCACGGCCAAGAUGGUUGGUCCUGUCAAUCUUUCUAAGGACAUUACUUGUGUUUUGAAAUAACUCUAGAAAAUUAGGUAAAAGAAUCGUAGCAUGGCCAGUAUAGACAUGCUUGCCGUCGCGAAGAUUGGUGCCGUGUAUAUCCUUAGCAUAGCAUAAUUUUUCAGAUUUUAUCCCUUUAACA